AUGUGUUUUCAACUAAAAGAAUAUCUAACGCCAGGAGUUGUUCACAAGUUUCGACCAUAUCGAAAUGUUUUCAUCGGAAUCUCAACCGUUGCAAUCUUUUUUGCCGUUCUCAUCAUUGCUGAGAAUAUAAUAUUCUUAUCGAUUGUUAGCAAACAAAGUAUCCCACUUCUCCUCAUUCCGUACAUUCUCUCCUGGGUUCUUUUCUUCCUCGGUUUCUGUUUUGCUCGUUUUGCCUACCUCAUUCACUACGGACGGAAAGGAUGUGCAUCUGUACUUCCACUGUCAUCACCAGUCGGAUGGGAAGAUAGUCGACCUGUUACUCCAGUACCAGUAAGUUCGAUAAGAGAUCAUAUUAUUUAUUUUGAAAUUGGAAAGCAUUAA